AUGGACGACAAAAUAAACUGGAAGCAACAUUUAUCCAAGAAAAGAAAACGGAUGGACUUGAAAAGUAAAGAGUUAAAUUGGCUGAUAGGACGCAAAUCAAAGCUAAGCAUAGAAAACAAGUUACUGAUAUACAAAGCCAUCAUCAAGCCCAUUUGGACUUACGGGAUCGACAUCUGGGGCUGCGAUAGCAAGUCAAACCUUUCAAUCAUUCAACGAGCUCAAUCAAAAUCCUUAGAAGCAUUGCAGAUGCACCAUGCUAGGCUUAGCGACCAUCCAAACCCACUGCUGCCAUCGCUAUUAGAUCCCACUGAGACCAGGAGACUGAAAAGGAAAUUGCCACUAGACUUGCAAGACUUAGGUGACAUCGUUGGAUGUCUGCUUCAAUCCCGUCAUGAGGUACAACUACUUAAAAAUUGUACCAUCCAGCAAAUUAGCUUAUAG